AUGUCGUGGGACCUCCUGCAGAGGUUCUUUGACAGCGACGUCUUCAACCAGAACCCCUUUCUCUCCGUCUCCUACCUCACUCGAUACGCCGACCACGUCGGGAUCCACUAUGUCCUCUGCAACAAGCUGCGACAGUUCCCCUACGAGGAUGUCGAGUUCUUCCUGCCCGAGCUGUGCCACCUCAUCAUCAGCGUCAACAAUGAGUCCAUGGCACUGGAGGAAUUCUUGCUCGAUCUCUGCGAGGAAUCCGUCUCCGGCGCUCUGCUAGCCUUCUGGCUGUUCCAGAGUUACCUGACCGACCUUUCUUCCAACCCGCACUCCGAGGCUUUCAGAACAUGUCGAAGGGUCUAUAACAAGGUCCAACACAUAGUGUUUGGGCUGGGAGAUACUGCUAGACAUGAGAAGAUCAAGGAAAACCCGCUGCCCGUCACCGUCCUGGCGAGUCUGAUCUUGUCCAGCGUGGCUGUUCCCGGCUUGCCCCACUGGGCUGGCCCUCUUGCCGUUGCGCAGGCCAAGAAGCCACAGCCCAUCGACGACGUGGUAUUGGAACCGACCCAGCCCAAGAUAGCCAGGGCACAAACCGUCUCAGCCGCCCAGGCCAACAGGGCAAGGCAAAAGGUGCCUUACCUACUGAUGAUCGAGAUCCUACGCGACGACUUCACCUUUGACCCCGAUUCGCAAGACAACCAGAGACUGCUGGCAACACUCGUGGCGGAGCAAGGAUCGAGGAGACGCAUAUUUGACCUAUCCGAGAGACCAAAGAUAUCCACGUCAAAGAUACCAGAGCCCUCCACGGAGUCCGCUGACAGCGUUUUUGAGCCUUCCUCUGGAGAUCUCGCGCCUGCCCAGUCUAACGCCAACAGUGUCGACGAGUUCCGAGUUGGUGACCCCCAGGAGUUCAGCCACGUCAACGAGUCGUUCUAG